GAGGUUGGAGGUGGCCUAUAGCCACCAGACUCGUAGCCAUUGAUAGACCCAUCCUCCAUGAAUUUGUCUAAGCCCCUUUUUAAAGCCAUCCAAACUAGUAGCCAUUGCCACAUCCCAUGGCAGAGAAUUCCAUGGAUUAAUAAUGUGCUGUGUGAAAAACUACUUCCUUUUAUUGGUCCUAAAUUAUUUACUGCCCAUCAGUUUAAUGGGAUGACCCCUGGCACUAGUGUUGUGGGAGAGGGAGAAAAAAUUCUCUCUGGGGCUAUUCUCACGAUUAACAAAAAUCGGGCUAGGGGAGCCUAGCCCGACUUUUGUUAAUCGUAAGAACCACCGGGCUCGCAAGCGAGCCCGUUGGUUCUUGAGUGGCUAACCCACUCAAGUAGCCUGCGGGCACUCCGCAAACCUGGGCUGUCUGCUCUUGAGUAGCCGUGGCACAGCUCCAUGCCACAGCUGCAUGUGAGUAGACCCCCGACUGGGAAGUGAAAAGCUGCCUCCCGGCUCCGAGGGUCUCCCCAGUAUGUCCUGUGCGUGGAGGUAAGGGAGAGGAGAGCUGGUUUUGAGGACGCAAGCAUGACUUGUUCCCUUAGUUAAGCAGGGUCUGCCCUGGUUGCAUAUGAAUGGGAGACUAGAAGUGACUUCUAGGAGACUAGAAGACACUUUAAGAUAUUCCCCCUAGGGGAUGGAGCCGCUCUGGGAAGAGCAGAAGGUUCCAAGUUGCCUCCCAGGCAUUUCCAAAAUAAGGCUGAGAGAGACUCCUCUCUGCAACCUUGGAGAAACUGUUGCCAGUCCGUGGAGACAAUACUGGUCUAGAUAAACCAAUGGUCUGACUCAGUAUAAGGCAGUUUCCUACAUUCCAAAUAUGUUUAGGAGAGGAGAACUGGUCUUGUGGUAGCAAGCAUGACUUGUCCCCAUAGCUAAGCAGGGUCUGCCCUGGUUGCAUCUGAAUGAGAGACUUGAUGUGUGAACACUGCAAGAUAGUCCCCUCAGGGGAUGAAGCCGCUCUGGGAAGAGCAGAAGGUUUCAAGUUCCCUCCCUGGCUUCUCCAAGAUAGAGCUGAGAGAGAUUCCUGCCUGCAACCUUGGAGAAGCCGCUGCCAGUCUGUGAAGACAAUACUGAGCUAGAUAGACCAAUGGUCUGACUCAGUAUAUGGCAGUUUCCUGUGUUCCUAUGACCCCAAGAUCUCUCUCCUGGUCAGUCAUUGACAGCUCAGAUUCUGUCAGUGUAUAUGUGAAGUUGUGGGGUUUUUUGCUCCAAUAUGCAUCAUUUCAUACUUGCUUACAUUCAACCGCAUUUGCCACACACUGCAUUUGAAGAGAUCCUUUUGGAGCUCCUCAUAAUCUGUCUUGGAAUUUACUACCAUAAAUAGUUUAAUGUCAUCUGCAAAUCUGGCCACUUCGCAGCCUAACCCAAUUUCUAGAUCAUUAUGAAAGAGUUAGAGCACCAGUUCAAGUAAAGAUUGCUGGGGUACCCAGAGGCGUAACUAGGGAAAACGGCGCCCGGGGCAAGCACUGAAAUGGCGCCCCCCCCCCCCAACAUACUACAUUAUACUUAGGUUUUUCCUCACAAGCGCCCGCCGCCGCCGCCAUGCCAGGCCACUGACUGGCCGCCAGGCGCCAGCAAAGCAAUGGGGGGGCUCCCGGCAGCGCGGAAGGGACCGCUCGUGGGGGAGGGGGCGCUGACGUGCUCCCUUGACUGCUGCAGCGCUGCUGCACUGAGCAGGAAACAUUUGUAUUAACAAAAAAUUAAAAAAAAAAUUGUCAUGGCGGCGCCCCCCACGUGACCAGAAAAGAUGGCGCCCGGGGCACGUGCCCCCCUGCCCCCCCUAUAGUUACGCCUCUGGGGGUACCUCACUUCUUACUUCCCUCCAUUGUGAAAACUGUCCAUUUAUUCCUAUCCUCUAGUUUCCUGUCCUUCAACCAGUUACUAAUCCACAAUUGAACCUCUCCCCUUAUCCCAUUACUGCUAAGUUUACUCAGGAGCCUUUGGUGGGGGACUUUGUCAAAAGCCUUUUGGAAGUCCAAGUAUAAGUCCAAGAACUCCAAAAGGCUAGUGAGGCAAGACUUGCCCUUGCCCAAGCCUUACUGGUUCUCCUUCAGCAAAGCCUGUUCUUCUAUAUGUUUAACAAUUUUGUUAUAAAGUAUGGUUCCAUGGGAAAGGAUCUGGUCUUGUCAUAGCAGGCAUGAAUUCCUUUUGAUAAGCAGGGUGUGCCCUGGUUUGCAUUUGAAUGGGAGAUAUUUGACACAGUAAGAUAUUUCCUUUAGGGGAUGGGGCUGUUCUAGGAAGAGCAUCCACAUGCUUGCAUGCAGAAGGUUCCAAGUUCCCUCCCUGGCAUCUCCAAGAUAGGGCUGAGAGAAACUCCUGUCUGCAACCUUGGAAAAGCCGUUGCCGGUUUGUGUAGACAAUACUGAGCUAGAUGGACCAAUGGUCUGACUUGGUAGAAGGCAGCUUCCUGUGUUCCUAAUUUACCUGGCACAGAAGUUGAACUAACCAGCCUGUACUUUCCCCGAUCCCUCCUGGAUCCCUUUUUGAAACAUUAGCUAUUCUCCAGUCCUCUGGUAUAGAACCUGAAUGUAGGGACAAGUUGCAUAUUUUUGCUAGGAGAUCAGCAAUUUCACAUCAGAGUUCCUUCAGAAUUCUUGGGUGGAUGCCAUCUGGCCAAUGCCAUUUGUUAAUUUUCAGUUUUUCAAGACAGUUUAGAACAUCCUCUCUUGUCAGCAUCUGGUGGGCCACUGUAUGAAACAGGAUGCUGGACUAGAUGGGCCUUGGGCCUGAUCCAGCAUGGCUGUUCUUAUGUUCUUAUCACCUCAAAUUGGCCUAGUUCUUCAGACCAAGCCUAGGAAGCUCAGUUCCGGAGUGGCUAUAUGGUCAGUAUCCUCUGCCGUGAAGAUGGAUGCAAAUUAAUUCAGCUUUUCCGCAAUCUCCUUAUCCUCCUUAAUAUUCCCUUUCAUGCCCUCAUCAUCUAAGGGUCCAACCACCUCCCUGGCAGGUAUUCUGCUUCUGAUAUAUAUUUUAAAAGGUUUUUCUUGUUCCCCUUGACAUUUCUAGCUAUAUGCUCCUCAAACUCUCUUUUUGCAUCCCUUAUCGCCUCCUUGCAUUUCUUUUGCCAGAACUUAUGUUCCUUUUUGUUCUCUUCAUUUGGGCAGGACUUCCAUUUUCUGAAGGAAGUCUUCUUCCCUUUUAUUGCUUAUCUGACUCUAUUAGUUAGCCAUGCUGGCCUCCUCCUGAAUUUGGUGUUACCUUUCCUGCUUCUUGUUAUACACUCUGACUGAGCUUCUAUUAUUAUAGUUUUGAAUAAGUUUCAUGCUUUCUGGCAUGAUUUGACCCUCCUGACUUUCCCUUUCAGCUUCUUUAUUACCAGUCCCCUCAUUUUUUAGAAGUUUCUUCUUCUGAAGUCCAAUGCAUCUGUGUUGUACUUCCUUGGCAAUGCUCCACUCACAUAUAAGCUGAAUUGGAUCAUACUAUGGUCACUAUUCCCCAAUGGUUCUACAACUCUGACAUCUCUCACCACUCAGGAUUAAGUCCAAGGCCGCCUUCUCUCUGAUUGGUUCCACAACCAUCUGUUCUAAGGCAUUGUCAUUUAGCAUGUCUAGAAAAUUAGUCUCUUUGUCAAUACCCGCAUGUGAAUUUGCCCAGUCUAUGCGAAGGUAAUUUAAAUCAGCCAUUUUUUACAGCUCUGUCUCUCUUUGACUUGCUCUGAUUUGCUUGACUCCUAUUUGCUUCUGCAACUCCAACUCCAAGAAGCAACUUAUUUGCUUCUCCACUCUUAGGUUUUGGAUCCAGAGGGGCAUAGCGUGUCCCUAGAAACACAUUUCCUCUCAGUCCUCAUAUUGUCACCCAUAAUGUUUUUGUGGAGGACUCUAGUCUUCCUAAGUGUUCUAGCUUGUUGGAUUCUAUCCCUUCUUUAAUAUACAGUGCUACUUCACCUCCAAUCCUCCCUUCCCUGGCCUUUUUGUAAGGUUUGUAUCCAGGAAUAACAGUGCCCCAUGGUUCUCACCAUUCCACAAGGUUUCUGUUAUGCCCACUAUAUCUAUGUUUUCAUUAGCAACCAAGUACGCCAGCUCACCCGUCUUAUUAUUUGUUUGUUUGUUUAUUUAAUUUAUAUACCACCUAAUAUAGAAAUCUCUUGGCUCAGAGGCUUCUGGCAUUGGUAUAUAAACACCUAUACACCAUCAUGUCUCUUACUGGCAUGUGCUAUUUGCCUUACCGUCAUUUGACCUUUUUGACCAGCUUUCGUGUGUUUCUGUCUGCUCUACGCCUGGUUCUGCUCUGUCCCCUUCUGCUUUACCUGAAAGGUUUGCAUCCUCACACCUUAGGGGAUUUUGCUUGCUGAACCAGGUACUACCCAGUUCCUGUUGGCAGUCCCCCAGGCAUCAUUUUAAAAGUUGCUCUGCAACCUUUUUUAAUUUAAGCGCCAGCAGUCUGGUUCAAACUUGGUUCAAGUGCAGCCUGUCCCAUUUGUACAGGCUUUGCUUGUCCCAAAAUGUAUCCCAGUGCCUAACAAAUCUAAACCCUUCCUCCUGGCAUCACCGUCUCAUCCAUGCAUUGAGACCCCUCGGCUCUGCCUGUCUCACUGUCCCUGCAUGUGGAACAGGAAGCACUUCAGAGAACGCUACCCUGGGGGUCCUGGAUUUCAAUAUGCUCCCCUAACCUAGCAGCCUAAAUUUGACUUCCAGGACCUCCUGACUGCAUUUCCCAACCUCGUUGGUGCACCACGACAGCUGACUCGUCCCCAGCACAACAUAACAGCCUAUCUAGAUGCUGUGUGAUGUCCGUAACUUUAGCAUCAGACAGGCAAGUCACUGUGCAGUCUACACGUGGGUCACAAGCCCAUCUGUCUAUGCCCCUAAUGAUCAAAUCACCCACUACUAGGAGGCCCCCAGCUGCCGGAGGAGUAUCCUCUGUAUGAGAGGAUAUGGGCGCAUCACCCAAAGAAGGGGUCCCUCCUAAGGGAGCAUUCCUCUCUUCUUCAGACUGAUGUCCUCCUUCCCUGAUAUAUUCAUUCUCCAUGACAGCAGAGGAGCUGUCAGUCUGGGAGUGGGUUGCCUCUGUCACAUCUUUGAGGGUCUCAUCCACAUACCUCUCUGAGCUUCUCCAUGUCUGCUACCUUGGCUUCAAGGGAACAAAUGUGUUCCCGGAGAGCCAGGAGCUCUCUGCACUGAGCGCACACUCAUGAUUCCUGCCCCUCAAGCAGUCAUACAUGCAACACUCAAUGCAAUACACUGGGAGGCACCCUCUCCCGGGCAGGCAUUCUACCUUCAUAACUAGUUUUAUUAGCUAUUUAUUAUUAGCUAAUAAUUAUUAAUAAUAAUUGUUUUCUUUAGCAAUUUAGAAUAUAUAGAGCUUGUUAUGCAGUUGUAAUUAUUUAUACAUGACUUUUCAGUGAAACCUUUCAAAAUAUGGACACUGGCUACUCAAGAUAGCUUUGGAAUGAAAGUUUCAGAUUAGCCGGAUUUGGGGAGUAACCCACUGGGAAUUUGGAGUCACAGGCCUACAACUGUUAUGGCAAUUAUUUCCCACUUGUCGCAUUCCUCGCAGGCUGUUUUGCAUCAAGUCCCCAAGCUGCAUUUUGGAUUUGGGAGAGUUACAGGUUCAACUGACUUGAGUGAGACUGAGGAGGCUGAGCUAGAGACCAUCAAGAAGCACAAAAGAGAGCUGAUGGAGGACAUUCAGAGAUUAAAAGAUGAAAUCGCGGAAGUAUUUGCAGAGAUCGAUAAUUUCCAGCAGACGCAAUCAAGCAAAGUGAUCCAGAGGGACAAAGAUCUGUGCACUGGACGGAAGAAAUUUAACAUGGACCCUACUAAGGGUAUCCAAUAUCUGACUGAACACAAGGUGCUGUCGCCAGACGUCCAAGAAAUUGCCAAGUUUCUUUACAAAGGAGAAGGCCUCAACAAAACAGCGAUUGGAGAUUACUUGGGACAGAGGGAACCACUGAAUCUCCAGGUUCUUCAGGCCUUUGUAGAAUGUCAUCAGUUUGCCAACCUAAACCUGGUGCAAGCACUAAGGCAGUUCCUGUGGAGUUUCCGGCUGCCUGGGGAGGCACAGAAGAUUGACCGUAUGAUGGAAGCCUUUGCCAGCUGGUAUUGCCAGUGCAAUCCAGGUGUUUUCCAGUCAACAGACACUUGCUAUAUCCUCUCCUUCGCUGUGAUCAUGUUGAACACCAGCCUGCACAACCCCAAUGUCAAAGACAAGACCACUUUUGAGAGGUUUGUGUCCAUGAACAGAGGCAUUAAUGAUGGAGCAGACCUGCAUGAAGCACUCCUGAGGAAUUUGUUUGAUAGCAUCAAGAACGAACCUUUCUCCAUCCCAGAGGAUGACGGAAAUGAUCUCACCCACACUUUCUUCAACCCCAGCCGAGAAGGCUGGCUCCUUAAACUAGGAGGCAGAGUGAAGACCUGGAAACGCCGUUGGUUCAUUUUGACUGAUAACUGCUUGUACUACUUUGAAUACACCACGGAUAAGGAGCCUCUGGGGAUUAUUCCACUAGAGAAUCUGUCUGUUCGGAAAGUAGAUGACCCAAAGAAACCAAAUUGUUUUGAGCUCUUUAAUGCAAACUGCAAGGGACAGAAGAUCAAAGCCUGCAAGACUGAUGGAGAUGGAAAGGUGGUUGAAGGCAAGCACCAGUCCUACAAGAUCUCUGCAGCCUCACCAGAAGAGCGCAACCUGUGGAUUGAAUCAAUACGGUGGGAGAGGAAGACAAUGGGAUUAUAUGAGGGCAUAAUGAUGACAUGGGAAGAGAUGAACGCAGCAGGAACCAGCAUCACUCAAGACCCCUUCUAUGACCUAGUCGCCGCUCGUAAGAAAAAGAUCGCCAGCAAGAAAUGAUCUCCGCUAACGUUUAUUUCAAGAAUAUUGCCUCCUGCUGAAAAUUGUCAGCAAAGGAAACCAAGGUACCCCAAAAUUCCUGUCUGAGACAGAAAGAUAACCAAAAGACCAAUGAUGAACUGCCUUCUCUUUCUACUCCCUGGGCCAGCAUCUGAAGAAAUGGAGACUGUUGCAGGAAUUAUGGCCCUCUUGUGUGUACAGACAGCAGCUCUUAGUAUUUACCUUAUAUAGAGUGAGAUUUGGAUGCCUGUGUUCCUUGAUCACCAAGCCUGAUCAGAUGGAACCUGGAGGAUGGGCGGGAGCGGGGUGGGGGGGAUAGGGGAGUCCUCUUAACAUUUCCAGAGCAGUGGCCAUGUCUUUUGUAUAUUAAGAAAAAUCCAGGCCCCUGAAUGAAUACUAAGUAAGCAGAAAAGACUUCUGCACAUGCAAUCCUGGCCAACAUGUUCUAAUGUAUCCCUAAUGGUGCAGUUGGAAUAUAUAUAAUAUAUAAUGGAGUGAAUUCAUUUUGGAAUAGCGGUGUGAAGGACAGCUGGCAGGAUGGGGGAAAUGAUGUAGAGUUGGGCCAUAAUAUGCAUUUUUAAUAAUAUAGUAUAAUAUUUUUAAUAUUAUUGACUCACUGAGCUUGGCCUGUGGAACUGCUGCCAGAUGUGGCUUCUCAGGACAGAACCUUCCAGCUAGCCUGACUUUAAAGUGAACAUGCAGAGAGUGGCUAGUGCCUCUGAUCUUCUAGCUGGCUUCCCUGGCAGUGCUGGAACAGACAGGAAUUGUGCUAGCACAAGGUAGUAUGCCUUGGUCAUCAUAUGUUGGACUGAGUGAGUGAGUCACUAGUCCAGAGCUAGGAGACCUGGAUUCAAGUUCCACCUCUGCCGUGAUGCUUUCUGCAGCCUCAGGUAAAUAACUUACUAUCAGCCUCAGUUUCUCAUCCAUACAAUGGGUAUAAGAGUACCUACUUCACUGGGUUGUUGUGAGAGCGAUACAUAUAGCACAAAGCACUUUGUGAAUCAGAUGUGCCAUGUAAAUUAUAACCAUGAGCAAAGGAAAAACUGGCACAUGGCAAAUCCUUUCAAGAAUGAAAAGGUGGAUACAAAAAAAUUUGUUCCAAUGCAUACUCACCGCAUACGCACAUGCACUGAUCCUAUGGGGGGGGGCAGGUGUGGGGUGGUGGUCAUCAAACAGAUGGAUAAAUGCCAAGUUUUCUUUUGAAAUAAAUAUGUGGAAAAACA